AUGGAUCCAUCCCAUUGGUUCAUAUUCAUCAUGUAUGUUAUCACUUUUCCAUUGAAGAAAAUUACUGCUUGCUAUGACGGGUGCAGCUGCCUCACAGAUAUAAAAUAUAUCAACUGUUCGGGUGGGAAUCUUACCACUCCUCUUAGGAAUGUCCCCCACAACACAGAGUACCUGGACCUGUCCAGAAACCUGUUGACAGUGCUCCAAGCAGGUUCAUUUGGGACCCUGUGGAGCCUGAGGGUGCUCCUUUUAAAAGACAACAACCUCAGCCAUGUAGAUGACGGAGCUUUCUCCUCCCUCCAGGGUCUGAGGAGGCUGGACCUGAGCCGUAACCACCUUUCUGCCCUGGGGCCUGGCUUCUCCCUGGGCCUUGAAUCCCUAACAGAGCUCCUGCUGGAUCACAACCAUCUCACCGUCCUGGAGAGUGGGGCCUUCCACAGCCUGGACAGCCUCCAGAAGCUGGACCUGAGCAGCAACCUAAUCUCCACAGUAAAGCCCAGAGCCCUGGGUUACCUGACUGGCCUGCGCCAGCUCCACCUGGAGGGAAACCAUCUAACCUCCCUGGGUUCCGGCCUCUUCUCCACGCUGCGCUCCCUGGAGGUGCUGGGCCUUCGGGGGAACUUGAUCAGCUCCACUGAGCCAGGAGUCUUCGCCCCUAUGUCUUCCCUAACUCUGCUGGACCUGGCCCUCAACCGCCUAAGCACCCUGGGCUACAGGACCCUGUUGAGCAUCCACACCCCUAGCCUCCACGUCCUGUUGGAGGGCAACCCCUGGCACUGUGACUGCGACCUGCAGAGGGUGUUCAGGAAGUUGUCCAGCAUCCACAGGGUCUUCCUGGAUGACUACCAGGAGCUGAGGUGCAGCCAGCCCACCGAGCUAAAGGGCAGGUCCAUGGGAGAAGUGGAUGAUGAGCUGUGUGUCGGAGAGACUGUGACAGUGCUCAUUCUGACGGUCACCGUGGUGAUCACCGUGGUAGCUGCCAUUAUCAUGGCGGAGAAGAACAAGAAGAAUAGCGUGGCCAAGAACUGGGAGGAGAGCGUGGGGCUGGACACCUACUGUGACAAUUACAAUUAAGGCUGUCACCUCCUCAUGAUACAAUAAUGAAAACUCACUGCACCUCAGCUCCCAAUGUGGUUAAAGAUCUGAUUAACAACAUUGAAUUAACAACAUUUCUUUGAUAGCUAUAACUAUUCUCAAAGAGAUUCGCCCUCUUAGUUUGUAGAAUAGGAAAUCUCGUAUUGAUUCCCUAUAUAAGGCAGUGAAAGACUUGUUUGACAAGUUACUAUUUUGCUGUGACAGUUGACAUGGCCACCGUUAGGGAAUUUACAUACACUACAGUUCAAAAGUUCGGGGUCACUUAGAAAUGUCCUUGUUUUUUAAAAAGAAAAUCACAUUUUUUUGUCCAUUAAAAUAACAUCAAAUUGAUCAGAAAUACAGUGUAGACAUUGUUAAUGUUUUAAAUAACUUUUGUAGCUGGAAACGGCUGUUUUUUAAUGGAAUAUCUACAUAGGCGUACAGUGGCCCAUUAUCAGCAACCAUCACUCCUGUGUUCCAAUGGCACAUUGUGUUAGCUAAUCCAAGUUUAUCAUUUUAGAAGGCUAAUUGAUCAUUAGAAAACCCUUUUGCAAUUAUGUUAGCACAGCUGGAAACUGUUGUUCUGAUUAAAGAAGCAAUAAAACUGUCCGUCUUUAGACUAGUUGAGUAGCUGGAGCAUCAGCAUUUGUGGGUUUGAUUACAGGCUAAAAAUGGUCAGAAACAAAGAACUUUCUUCUGAAACUCGUCAGUCUAUUCUUUUUCUUUGAAAGGAAGGCUAUUCCAUGCGAGAAAUUGACAAGAAACUGAAGAUCUGGUACAACACUGUGUACUACUCUCUUCACAGAACCGCACAAACUGGCACUAACUAGAACAGAAAGAGGAGUGGGAGGCCCCGGUGCACAAUUGAGAAAGAGGAAAAGUACAUUAGAGUGUCUAGUUUGAGAAACAGAUGCCUCACAAGUCCUCAACUGUACUUGUCCUCUUGCUCAGUUUAAAACAUUAACAAUGUCUUGUGGUGUACAGCAGGUCAGCCACCAGGGGGAGACUCGUUGAGGCCAUGGUGGCAGAUGGAGUUUACAUCACGAGGCGAUGUCUCCCUUUGCUGGACGUGCCAGGUCUCGACGGGCUCUCCAGCCAGGACUAAUUGGGGCUGAUUGUGGUUGGUGGGUAAUCAAGGGCUGAUUGUUCACCAGCUGUACGAGUCCCAUAAAGCUGCCAGGAGGGCAGCACACAAGGAGAGGGACUGGGGGAAGAAAGGUGACUUCUGUAUAGUUGGAGACAGGGCCCGAGCUAAAAGGAGGGAGUUCAGUUUUUUACAGCAAGACCCGUAGUCCAGAAGAUGGUAUCCCGGAGAGGGUCUUAUGGGGGAGACCUAUCCUUUUGAUUUAUUAUUUAUAUAAACACCCUUGAAACCGAGCUAAUCAUACUCUGUCCGUGUCUGAUCUGUGUAAAAGUCUCGACCAAACCCCCUGGUCUGCCACAGUCUACACUGUAUUUCUGAUAAAUUUGAUAUUUUAAUGGACAAUUUUUUUUCUAUUCUUUAAAAAACAAGAACAUUUCUAAGUGACCCCAAACUUUUGAACGGUAGUGUAAGUAUUCACACUCCUGAGUCAAUACUUUUUAGAUCAACACUUGGCAAUGAUUACAGCUGUGAGUCUUUCUGGGUAAGUCUCUAAGAGCUUUCCAAACCUGAA